GUUUCCGGGAUCUGUCAGCCGCUCCCUCCGCGCCUCCGUCCUCCGCCCGCGCCCGCCGGAGCCUGUUCGCGUCGACUGCCCAGAGUCCGCGAAUUCUCCGGGCCCCCCGCGUCCGACCGCCCCGACUCCAGGAGCCUUCCAUCCUUGGAAUACACUGAGAAUAAUGUCUCUGCAUCAGUUUUUGCUAGAGCCAAUCACCUGCCAUGCCUGGAACAGGGAUCGUACCCAGAUUGCCCUCAGCCCCAAUAACCACGAAGUGCACAUCUAUAAGAAGAACGGGACCCAGUGGGUGAAAGCUCACGAACUCAAGGAGCACAACGGGCACAUUACAGGUAUUGACUGGGCACCCAAGAGCGACCGUAUUGUCACUUGUGGGGCUGACCGUAAUGCCUAUGUCUGGAGCCAGAAAGACGGUGUCUGGAAGCCGACCCUGGUGAUCCUGAGAAUAAAUCGCGCAGCUACCUUUGUCAAGUGGUCCCCUCUUGAGAACAAAUUUGCAGUGGGCAGUGGCGCCCGGCUCAUUUCUGUUUGCUACUUUGAAUCUGAAAAUGACUGGUGGGUGAGCAAGCACAUUAAGAAGCCCAUCCGGUCCACGGUGCUCAGCCUGGAUUGGCACCCCAACAAUGUUUUGCUGGCAGCUGGAUCAUGUGAUUUCAAAUGCAGAGUAUUUUCUGCCUACAUAAAGGAAGUGGAUGAGAAGCCAGCCAGCACUCCCUGGGGCAGCAAGAUGCCUUUUGGUCAGAUGAUGUCGGAGUUUGGCGGCAGUGGCACUGGUGGCUGGGUCCAUGGGGUUAGCUUCUCUGCCAGCGGGAGCCGCCUGGCCUGGGUCAGCCACGACAGCACUGUGUCUGUUGCUGAUGCCUCCAAAAGCAUACAGGUUUCGACUCUGAAGACGGAGUUCCUGCCCCUCCUGAGCGUGUCAUUUGUGUCGGAGAACAGUGUGGUCGCUGCGGGCCACGACUGCUGCCCCAUGCUCUUCAACUAUGAUGACCGUGGGAGCCUGACCUUUGUCUCCAAGCUGGACAUUCCGAAGCAGAGCAUCCAGCGGAACCUGUCGGCCAUGGAGCGCUUCCGCAACAUGGACAAGAGGGCCACGACUGAAGACCGCAACACUGCCCUGGACACGCUGCACCAGAACAGCAUCACUCAAGUGUCUAUUUACGAGGUGGACAAGCAAGACUGUCGAAAAUUUUGCACUACUGGCAUUGAUGGAGCCAUGACCAUCUGGGAUUUCAAGACUUUAGAGUCCUCGAUCCAGGGCCUCCGGAUAAUGUGAAGCGCAGGACCCUGCGGAUGGGCCUCUGCACCAGAGCAGCUGCCAGGAGAUGCUGAUAAAGCUGCUCGCAAGUCCUGUGUGUUUUUGUUUGAGUUUCACUGGUGAAAGUGUUGUGUUUUUUUUUUUUAACAGCAAUGAUUUGGAUUGUUUUUGUUCAUUUGUUGUUUUUGCCAUUUCAUUCCAUUCUUGACCAAAGCUUCUCUUAUUAUGAAAAGUGUCACACUAACUUAAAGGAAAGGGUAAGAAAGUCUGUAAAAUCUACUAAAAAUAAAAAAAAAAACAAACAAACACCUGAA